GUUAGAGUAGCUGAAUUACGAUGUUUUUUAAGCGACAUGGGCUAUACACUGCCUGCUAGUUUUAGUUGACGUCAUAUUCGCUUGACUCUUCCUGGGACUUGUCAGCAAAGAUUUGUGUUCAGAGCUUAAAGCUUGUGGCUUAGCUCAUCAUUGACUCAAAAGCUCCCCAAAUGAGAAUUACACUACCUAGUAGUAUGUGUAGGCUAUAUGCUACAAUCGACCCGCGGACUAGUUUAGCUAUAUGAUAUGACUUAAAUAACGUGCGCUUUAAAGUAUUUUACUCUAUCCGAUAUAUUUCAUAAUCAUACACAGGCCUACAGAUUUUGUUUGAAUGAAGCUGGUUUCAGUACGACUUCACCAGCCCUGAUUACCUGAUAGCUAUGUUGGCUCCGUUUGUUUUGGAUAACCACAAUGCUAGUUCCACUACGCAGUGCCUAAAAUCGUAGAUCUUUUCCGACGGAGGAUGGAACAUCUCAUUUUUGCGAGUCUCUAAUGUCUGAAUUACAUUUCCACCUGUAACGUUUAAGAACCUUUUGCAACUGAACGUGGCAUACAUAGCCUAUAAGGUUUAAUUUCGUCACAUGGUCGUUUUUUUUUUUGUUCACAGACGUCAGAAAGCUCUGCUGUGACCCGUGCGUGUUUUUGUGCGUCCAGCUUUUCUAAACACAGUACUACUGCGAAUAUCUCGUUGCAAUAAUAUCAGAAGAAAUGUCAUAGCAGUGACGGAUUUACCGGCUUGCACUUUGCCUUGUUGUUUUCUACCCGAUUUCAGCCCAGAAGCCCGGCACUGUUACCCUAUGGGGGAUCGAGGAGGAGCAGGAGAGGUGGAGGAGAACAAGGUCCUGAUGGAUGAGGAGGGGGAGAAGGGUAUCAGCCCUGGUUUGCCGGGGACAGAGGAGGAUUCCCAGGCUGUGGUCAGGCCACGCACCCGCCCCGCCGUCUCCGCAGCCCAGGAGGACCCCGGACCCCGGCAGAGCAGCUCCAGCCGCUCCUCGAGGAAGAGCUUCCGUUUGGACUACCGGCUGGAGGAGGAUGUGACGGGGUCGAGCCGGGACAAACACGGGCGUUUCACCAAUCCCUGGCCGACGUGGCGGUUCCCGUCUUACACUUCCCUGCUGCGUUUUGUCCUGCUGGAGAAGAACCACAGUAAUGUGCCAAGCUCCAAAGAGGUUUUAGACAAAGAACUUCCAGUGGUGGAGCCCUGGUUCGUCCGUGUCCCAGAGGGAGCGUCGGGAGCGCUGGGGUCCGCCCUCCGGGUGACCUGGCUGGGGCACGCGUCCGUUCUGGUGGAGAUGGACGGCGUUGUCUUCCUCACGGACCCCAUCUUCAGCCAGAGGGCCUCGCCCUUCCAGUUCGUCGGCCCUAAGCGGUACCGCGGCCCUCCCUGCACGGUGGACCAGCUCCCCAGGAUCGACGCCGUCCUCAUCAGCCACACGCACUACGACCACCUGGACGCCGGGACGGUGGCCCAGUUGAACGAGCGCUUCGGCGGGGACCUGCGCUGGUUCGUGCCCCUGGGGCUGAUGGACUGGAUGCAGAAGAGCGGCUGCGAGAACGUGAUCGAACUGGACUGGUGGGAGGAGAACUGCGUGCCGGGCCGCGACGACGUCACGUUCGUGUGCACGCCGGCACAGCACUGGUGCAAGCGCACCCCCACGGAUGAUAACCGAGUGCUGUGGGGGAGCUGGUCUGUCCUGGGGCCCUGCAACCGCUUCUUCUUUGCCGGAGACACCGGCUACUGCUCCGCCUUCCGGGAGAUAGGGAGGCGCUUCGGGCCCUUCGACCUGGCCGCCGUGCCCAUCGGAGCUUACUGGCCCAGAGAUGUGAUGCGUGGUCAGCAUGUGGACCCAGAAGAAGCUGUUCUGAUCCACAAAGACAUUCAGGCUAAACACUCCCUGGCCAUCCACUGGGGAACCUUCGCUUUAGCCUAUGAGUAUUACCUGGAGCCGCCGGUAAAACUCAGGGAGGCCAUGGAAAAGAAUGGGCUGAAUGUGGAACACUUCUUUGUUCUGAACCAUGGAGAAUCCAGAGUGUUAAACGAAGACCAGGAAGUCUUUGAAUGAAUGGACCAAACCUGGGCAAUAAGCCCCUCCCAUCUUGCAGAUGGACUCCGAAAAUGCGGGAUUUUGUGUGUGUGUGGGUGUGGGUGGGUGGGUGUGUGUGUGUUUGUGUGUGUGUGUGUGUGUGUUUGGAUGUGUGUGUUUGUGUGUUUGGAUGUGUUUGGAUGUGUGUGUGUGUGUGUUUGAAUGUGUGUGUGUGUGUGUGUGUGAGUCUCAAACUAAGCCCUUAUCGAUCACAAUAGUUUGAAUAAAGGUGACUAUGAAAUGAACGCUAUUAUUUUUCAUGUAAUUCUUUUUUAUUUUCUUUCUUUCUAAGGAGUGGCUGUGUAUCCAUCGAUUCUUUGACCUUCAGAGAGUAACUCUUUCACCAAUGAUCCUAAACCUUCUGUGCAUGUGUGAAAUAUGUUCUUAACAUGUUUUUAUUCUUCAUACUCUCAUUAUGUACAGUAAGUUUAUUGGAGCUCCAGCCUUACUUUUCUAUUUGUUAAUGAUAAAUGUCUACCUAUAUAUAAAAACUGAAAUUAUGCAA